CUGCUGGUGGCGAGUGUGACGGCGGAGCCGCCGGAGGAGGAGAAGCAAGCGCUCCUCUCUUUUCUCUCACAGGUCCCACACGAGAAUCGUCUCCAAUGGAGCUCCAACAACAAAUCCUCCGUCUGCAGCUGGGUCGGAAUCGAGUGCGACGCGGACCAGUCCUCCGUACACUCCCUCCGCCUCCCCGGCGCCGGCCUGGUGGGUCCCAUUCCGCCGCAAACCCUGGGCAGGCUCUCGCAGCUCAGAGUCCUCAGCCUCCGCUCCAACCGCCUCUCCGGCGAGAUCCCGUCCGAUUUCUCCAACCUCACUCUCCUCCGCAGCCUCUACCUUCAAAACAACGCCUUCUCCGGCGGUUUCCCCGCGGGAGUCACUCCGCUAGCCCGGCUCACCCGGCUCGACCUCUCGUCCAACAACUUCACCGGCCCGAUUCCGUUCGCCGUCAACAAUUGGACCCGCCUAACCGGCCUGUUCCUCGAGAACAACGCAUUCUCCGGCCCUCUCCCUUCCAUCUCAGCCAAGUUGGUCGAUUUCAACGCCUCCAACAACAGGCUCAACGGCUCAAUCCCUAGAAAUUUGCAGCGUUUCUCCGCCGCGGCAUUCGCCGGGAAUCUAGGUCUCUGCGGCGGGCCGUUACCUCCCUGCAACCCCUUCUUCCCUUCCCCUACCCCAUCCCCUUCCACAAUUCAACCAAUCCACAAGAAAUCGAAAAAACUCUCCACCGCCGCCAUCGUUCUAAUCUCCGUCGGCGCAGUCCUCGCCCUCCUAAUCCUCCUCCUCCUACUCUUCUGCUGCCUCCGCAGGAAGCAGAGACAACAACAACAACAACAGUCCCCCAAACCGCCGAAGCCGGUCCCCGGGGCCGCCGCCCGGUCCGUCCCCGUCGACGCCGCCGGGACCUCCUCGUCCAAAGACGACAUCACCGGCGGGUCGGCCGACGUCGAGAGGAACAAGCUGGUGUUCUUCGACGGAGGAGUCUACAGCUUCGACCUCGAGGAUCUGCUGAGAGCUUCGGCGGAGGUCCUCGGGAAGGGCAGCGUCGGCACGUCGUACAAGGCCGUGCUGGAAGACGGCACCACCGUCGUCGUCAAGCGGCUGAAGGACGUGGUGGUUACGAAGAAGGAAUUCGAGAUGCAAAUGGAGGUUCUGGGGAAAGUUAGGCACGACAAUGUGGUUCCGUUCAGGGCUUUCUACUUCUCCAGAGACGAGAAGCUGCUCGUCUCCGAGUACGUGGCCGCCGGCAGCUUGUCGGCGCUCCUCCACGGUUCUCCGGUCAAUCUCCGUCUCCGAGGAAAUCGGUAG